AUGGACCGGUUCGACCUUGAGAAGUCUUCCAAAUUUACAAGAGGCGAAAAAUGCAUUUUUAUUCAUUUAAUACUGACAUUUGUUUUAAUAAUUUUAUCGAUCAUCAUAUACUUCGUGCAUCUAUGCUUAAUCAAUCAUCCAGGUAACAGUUACCUAAACACAAGACGUUCAGUACCAUUACACGAUGGAUUUAAAGAAAUUGUUAUACCGGAUUAUUUGCCAAUAGGCGUUCUCUAUUUAAAUACUAAUCCUAUCAGAGUUAUCUGCAAUACUAUACUUUUCCGAGAGAAAUGGUCAAUAGCUCCUGCUCAUUGUGUAAUUAUUAGAAAUGAUCCCUCGUUGGUGCAAUUGCUUCCAAAAUGGGAGAUUAAAUUUAAAACGGCGGAUUUAAAAUUUAGAGUUACUAAAAUAAGGAGAAGUAUUGCUCAUCCUCACUUUAAUCGAGACGACUUUCGUAACAAUAUUGGUCUACUAGAACACAUAGUUUCGGUUCCGAUCCAUCAAUAUAUAACAUUUAAUAGAUCCGUUAAUCUCUACGAUUAUGUGGGAUUUAGUGAUAGAAGAUUACGUAUGGGGUCUUGGAACGAAGUUAGCAUUGAUGAAAAAGCCGAUAGAACAAUAGAAAUUACAAUAUGA